CAGCAGCGCCGCGGGCGCGCGGGGCGGGGCGGGCGGGGAAGAUGGCGUACCAGAGCCUGCGGCUGGAAUACCUGCAGAUCCCGCCCGUGAGCCGCGCGUACACCACGGCCUGCGUGCUCACCACGGCCGCCGUGCAAUUGGAGCUGAUCACGCCUUUCCAGCUCUACUUCAACCCUGAGCUCAUCUUCCGGCACUUCCAGAUAUGGAGGCUAAUCACCAAUUUCUUGUUCUUUGGACCGGUCGGAUUCAAUUUUUUAUUUAAUAUGAUUUUCUUAUACCGCUACUGCCGAAUGCUUGAAGAAGGCUCUUUCCGAGGCCGGACAGCAGACUUUGUAUUUAUGUUCCUUUUUGGGGGACUCUUAAUGACCCUGUUCGGGCUGUUCGUGAGCUUGGUGUUCCUGGGCCAGGCGUUUACCAUCAUGCUGGUGUACGUGUGGAGCCGGAGGAACCCCUACGUGCGCAUGAACUUCUUCGGCCUCCUCAACUUCCAGGCCCCCUUCCUGCCCUGGGUGCUCAUGGGCUUCUCCCUGCUGCUGGGCAACUCCAUCAUCGUGGACCUCCUGGGAAUAGCCGUCGGACACAUCUAUUUUUUCUUGGAAGACGUAUUUCCCAACCAGCCGGGGGGAGCGCGAAUCCUGAAAACACCCGCCUUCUUGAAGGCCAUUUUUGACACGCCCGACGACGAUCCCAAUUACAACCCCUUACCGGAAGAGCGGCCAGGAGGCUUCGCGUGGGGCGAAGGGCAGCGCCUGGGAGGCUAGAGCGGGGCCAAGUGGGGAAUCCGGCUGGGCAGGAAGGACUCCGAGGAGCUCUCCUCCAGGAUGCUUUGACUCUGCUUCAGAAGGGUGGACACGUUCGACGGCUUUCCCGUUUUUAAUCCAGAAGCACUUUACGCCACGGCCCUGCCCCGUCCGGGAGACCUCGGCGGCGGCGUGCCCGCGGGGCUUCGCUCGACCAUUCUUGACGCCGGUACUCCAAGCUGACCUCUCAGAGCCAAAACAAAGCAGAAACGGAAGAGACGUUUGUUGCCCGCUCGGGAACGAGUGCUCGCUCGCUCGCUCGCUGAAGACGGUCAAGGCACCACUCGGGGAGAAGAGCCUCGUGGACCCGCAAGUUCCCGAGAGGACAAAAUAAAACUGCAUUCAUUCUCUCACUGGA